UCUCAAUUUGGUAGACAAUUGAAAUUAUCAAGAGAGAGAGAGCUAGCGGAACUUACGAAGAAGAUGAAGAUUGAAGAAUGACAUUGACUUUGACAAAUUACAACAUUGUAAUGUAUUCUAUUCCAUUUACUUUUUCUGAUUGGUGAAGACGUUGAUUCUAUGCCUAUGCCUGCUUUUCGUUGGGUUCUUUUCUACCCUUUCAUUAGCCUCAAUACAAUAUGAUACCGAUUCUAAUAUUAAGACUUCAUUAUUUGAGAGAAGAAGAAGAAUAAGAACAGUGAUUAUGGACAGAACCCCAAUCGGGUCAACUGUUGGGAUAUUGGCGGUGGCUGUGGUGGUGGUGUUUUUAAUGGUUUGUAAUGGGUGCGAGGCUUCUAUUUUCACCAAAGUUCGAAACCUUGAAAGUGUUGACCCAAUUCACAAGAGUCUUCCUCAACAGAUUUCCCCUUCGCCUAGUCCCAAUUCUGGCGUGGACUCGGGUCCAAGUAGUGCUAACAAUUCCGUUUCUCCCGCACCCGGCCCAGUUUCUUAUGACCUGACCAAUGAGAAGUGCACGAGCUCAUUGAGAAGCUGCUCCCAUGAAAAUCAGAUUAAUAUGAUUGCUUGCCUGUUUUCCUCUUCAAAUGCCCACAUGGAGUUAUUUCUUCUUGUUAAAAAUGAUGGAGAGAGUCCUUUGGAAGUAAAUGUUACAACCAGCAAUACUCUGAAAGAAAUAAAAAUACCUGAACAUCACAUUAAAGAGGUCAAUAUCUCAUAUAUAGGAAAUUCAUCAGUAGAACUAAAUGCUGGAAAUGGAGCAUGUAUAAUUCACUUGGAAUUACCUAAACAUAAUAAUGGUUUCUCUAAGCACUUCUCUAACUACAAUGAUUAUGCAACUCCACUUAAUGGAGCCUACUUUUUGUUCUUUACUGCACUGAUUAUUGGAGGCAUAUGGACCUGCUGCUGCCUAUUGAGGGAAAAGAAACAGCACACUGAUGGAAUCACAUAUCAAGAGCUUGAGAUGGGACAUUCGAGCAACAGCCGUGUGGAAACAGCAGAACGUUGGGAUCAAGGAUGGGAUGACGACGAUUGGGAUGAAAUGAAAGCAGUUAAGUCUCCAAGGGCUCACCGCAAUGGAAACGUGUCGACUAAUGGCCUUACUUCCAGAUCUUCUGAUACAGAUGGAUGGGAAAACAACUGGGAUGAUUAGGAUAAAAGCUCUCAUAUUGUGUUCAAUUCCCAGAUAAGCAUAGCAAAUUAAGAAGCUUAUACACAUAGAAAUAGGAAAACUUUCAUUAUUUACUUUCAUACGUGUGCUCUUUAGCUCAUGUAAACACCUGAGGAUUAAGAAAACAGUUUUGGUCUGUGGAAAUAUAGUAUUUUCAUUCAAAAUCGAUUAGAAACUAAUUUUCAACAUUUGUAUUUGUAUGUACAUAUUUUGUGUUCUCCCUCCUAGUUCCUACAAUGAGAAUAUUGGAGUUCUUGAAACUAUAAUUUGUGUAUUCAAAGAUUUAUGGUAGUUAUGCUGGAUUUUGAA